AUGGUGGAUGUUAACUCGCCAGAUGAUCUCAAACUUUUCGUCGAUUUGCAGUUGCCCAAUUCCAACAAAAGAUUACGCUUGACUUUCAGCAACAAGAACCAACUGAAGCAAGUGCACAGCAGCGAGAUUCAGAAGGAAAAGGACGAAGUGGACCGGCUGAAGAAGAAAAUCGAAGGAGUGAAACGCCAGCAUGAGAGAGAUAUUUCCGGGAUCACCCAAUGUUUCAAAGACGAGCUCGCCAAAGCCAAGGAGAACUAUGAGAUCCAGAAGACUCAAGCGGUCAAUGAGACCAUCAAGAAUUUAAAAACCGAGAUCCAAAGGUUGAAGGAGUUGACCAGCACAGAGAGGCGUCUUAAUGAACUUCAGACGAAGCAAGUUGCUCUGAAAGCCAAGAUGACUGACUGGAAAGAUGUUGAAGAUGGGCCAUAUGGACUACUCGCAAUGCUUUCAUCUUCAAAAUGGGGAAACCCACUGAUUUGCCUAAAAAAAAAAGAUGUUGCUGAGCGGAUGAACCGCGAGAUGGAAGAUGGACAGGUGCGCUGGAACGCUAUGAAAAAGGAAGGGGAGAGGUGGGCUGAUCCAGAAGAGUUCACCACCACGGGCACCACCUGCCUCUGCUGCUGCCGUCUAUUCCCUUCCCUUCUCUCAGAACCCGGAAGCCGCAGAGGAUUUCCUUCUCCUCAGAUUCCAAAGCUGCUCUGCUCUGCGCGCCUGCCUUCCUCGGCGCGCCCGGCUGGUUGGGGAAAAUCCCCGGCGGAGCAGCUGGCUAGCCCGAGGCUGGCGGCGGCGGCGGCAAUGCGGAUCCCGCGCCGGAAGGCCGCGGUGACGCUCGGCGCGCCCAGCCGGCGGGCGCAGAUCGCCGCCGUCUUCGCGCUCGCCGCGCUGCUCGGCGUCUCCGUCCUCUACGACAGCGCCCACAUCGCCGCCUCGCUGCGCCGCCACAGCGGCUACAACCGGUCCUCCGCCGCCACCACCGAGGAGGCGGGCCCGCGCGCGCCACCGGCGCAGGGAGCGGAGUCGGCGGGGUCGGCCACGGAUCGGAGCGACCCGCCCCCGCGGCACGGGCAGGCGGAGGAGGCGUCCAGCUCCGGCUCCAGCCCCGGGGAGCGCGCGGACGAGUCGCCGCCCGCGGCGGUCCUGAAGGACGUGGCGUCGCCGGGCUGCGACCUGUACAGCGGGAGGUGGGUGCACGACGAGGCCAACGCGCCGCUCUACAAGGAGGCCGACUGCGAGUUCCUCACGGAGCAGGUCGUCUGCAUGCGCAACGGCCGCCGCAGCGACGACUACCAGAAGUGGCGCUGGCAGCCCGACGGCUGCGACCUGCCCAGGUUCGACGCUAAGUUGCUUCUUGAGAAGCUAAGGAACAAAAGAAUGAUGUUUGUGGGGGAUUCACUGAAUCGGAACCAGUGGGAAUCCAUGGUGUGCCUGGUCCAGGCUGAGGCUCCGUGGGAUAAGAAAAAGCUUGUCAAGAAUGGUUCUCUAAAUGUGUUCCGCCUUCAUGAGUAUAAUGCAACAAUUGAGUUCUAUUGGGCUCCUUUCCUAGUUGAGUCAAACUCAGAUGAUCCAGACAUUCAUAGCAUCCCCAACCGCAUGAUCAUGCCAACAUCGAUCGCCAAGCAUGCAGCAAACUGGAUAGGGGUGGACUACUUGAUAUUCAACACUUACAUCUGGUGGAUGAACACUCCAAAGAUGAAAAUUGUGCAUGACUUCACAAGGAAGCCGGUGCAGUAUGAUGAAUUGGAUCGUGUGGUUGCAUACCGACAGAUCAUGAAGACAUGGUCUGGAUGGGUAGAAGAGAAUGUAGAUCCCAAAAGACAGAUGGUCUUAUUCAUGAGUGUGUCGCCCGUACAUAUGCAGAGUGAAGGCUGGGGCAAGCCUAACAACAUAAAAUGCUUCUCCGAGACACAGCCAGCGAUAAAUUACAACAAAACGUUGGAGCUCGGCACUGACUGGGAUCUGUUCACAGCAUCUAAUGAAGUGACUAAGGCGAUGAAGAAGGUGCCUGUGCACUUCAUCAACAUAACUGCAUUAUCAGAGAUCCGCAAGGACGCUCACACAUCCGUGCACACCCUGCGACAGGGUAAGCUCCUGACAAAGGAGCAGCAGGCUAACCCACGAAAGUUUGCAGACUGCAUCCACUGGUGCCUCCCUGGCGUGCCAGACACAUGGAAUGAGUUCAUUUAUGGCCACAUUGUGUCGAGCCGGCAGACUGAGGAUCAGUCUCAAAGAUAACAGUGUAUAAUCUGCUUGAAAUCUGGUAGCUUGUGUUAGUGAGGUAAGAUGGUUAUUGAGGCCAUAUAAUAUAUUUUUCUAGGUCUAGAAAUCUACGCUGCUGCCUGUGUUGGUUCUGGAAGGUACAUCGGAGGAUAGCAAAUUGUAGUUAUAAAGCAACCAAGAUGGCCUGCCAGUGAUUAUACCGUCUGAAUGUGGAGCUUCGGUGCUUCUCGUUUGGAAAGGAGUCAUAUUUCAGCUGAUACAUGUACAUAAUUUGUUAUCCAACUCUUCUCAUGAGAAUAUUUAACCUUUUGGCUGUAAGAGCUGAGGACAUUUUUUCUUCAA